GUUGUUAUUUUCAUAAAUAGGGUGGAAUAUGUAAAAAAUGUACGGUUUAUUUAUUUUUUUCCGUUUUGAAAAAAUAAACUAAAUAUCCGAAGGUACACUGACCGAGUAUAUUGGAGUUGAGCUCAGUAGGUUAAGUGUUUACAAUUGGCUGAUUCGGGAUUUACAAUUAUAUGAACCCUGAUUAACUUUGGCUGUAUUCUAAACACAAAUAAAAUGUUUGUGUUUUGUUUCUUUCAACAGGAGCAUCAGCACCAACCCAGCAGGUGUCCUUUAUGAAAAUGAAGGAAGAAAACUCAAACUUGAAAUCUAAAAUUAAAUUGCUUGAAGACAAGUGCAGAGAUCUGGAAAGUGAAAGGGAUUUCCUGCGCAGCAGUCUGACAAAUGCGUUGUCAACAAAGGAUGAGAUGAAAGGAGCUUCCUCCAAAACCCAGAGUUUGAGUCUUAACCCUGACUCUUCUGAUGAUGUAGACAACCCGCAUGAAGAAAAGAAGAACAGGACAAAACGAAGGGCAAGAAAGGAGAAGAAAAAAAAGUCAAACAAAGUUGACUCUUCAUCCUCUUCCGAGGAAUCAGUGUCUUAUUCCACUUCUGAUUCAUCUGUUUCCUCACGUCACAAAUCAAGAAAACAAGGGAAAAGAUCACAGAAGAAAGCAAAAGACAGAGUGCGAAAAAGCAGAAGAGUUUAUCUACCAGAGCAAGCAAUAGAAAGAUACAAAAAAGUCCUGCGGUAUGUGGAACAGGGAAUGACCAAAACAAUGGCAUACCAGAAGUGCGGGGUUGACCGCAAAACCAUUGUGGAUCAUGCAGCAAUUGCUGAGCUAGAGGCUUGCGACCUUGAAGGAUACAAGACCUUGCGUGAAUCAUUCCAUAGAGGCCAGAAAUUGUCACUGUUUGCAGAACAAUGCAAAGAAAUGUGCCGUAUGGAGCCACUUCGAAUUGUCAUUGAGCAAAAAAGGAAAAAUGGCUCGCUCAUUGACUUUUGUCAAAAACAGAAUCAUUGCCUUACAUGCAGGGUAAUACGCAAUGGUAACGUGAUAUACAGUAUACUGUGGAAAACAGACACACAUACUGUACUUGAAGAUCAUAAACCUAUUUGAGGUAAGUGGCUAAUUAUGACAAGGCAA